UUUAGAUGAUUCUCUUUUUGUUACAUCAAUGAUUCCUAUAAAAAUGAUAGAUCAGAAACAAAGGGUCAUUUGGUUAAAUAAAUCGCCUCAGUCCAUAAGAUUUUGCCGUCCUGUGAAAAUUGCUUACGUAAAAGAAACAACGUCUCUUAUAUUAAAAGAAAAUGAAAACUUGGACAAUCAGAUUAAAAACCUGGAUAUAUACGUGCAUCCUUAUCAAUCAGCCGAAAUUUUUGUAAAAUUUGAUGGGCACCUAACACUUAUAGACGGCAAGGUGUUAAAUAUAUUAACAGGAACGAAAUCCUGUCAGUUGUGUCCAAUGUGUGGGGCAAAGCCCACCCAGCUUCUUACUAUUACUGAUUUUAACUCCAAAACGUUUGAUAUGAAGCCACAUACGGAUCAAUAUGGAUUAAGUUCCCUUCAUGCGUGGAUCCGCUUUUUUGAAUUCUUGCUCAAAAUAUCGUUCAGAAUUGAGCUUAGAAAAUGGCAUGUCAAGGGAAAUGACAAAAUCGAAUUGGAGGCACGUAAACAUAAAGUUCAAGCAGCGUUUUGGAAUGAUUUGGGGCUUCAUGUGGACAAGCCGAGACAAAACGGCAGUGGCAAUACAAAUGACGGAAAUACGGCGAGGCGGGCAUUCUCCAACCCAAAAUUAUUGUCCUCUAUAUUAGGAAUAGAUCACAGUUUGAUUCAGCGCCUACAUGUAAUUCUGAUCGCCAUAAAUUGUCAUUACCCUAUAAAUUCGGAAAAAUUCAGAAUAUUCUGUUCAGAAACUUUUUCUAUGUAUAUGGCUAAUUACUUUUGGUACCCCAUGUCGCCAACAGUGCACAAAGUUUUAGUACAUGGAUACAUAAUCAUUGAAAAAACGAUUGUUCCUGUUGGCUCUUUAGCAGAAAGUGCAUCAGAAGCAAGACACAAACUUUUUAAGGCUGACAGAAAAGAUCAUGCCAGAAAAUGCAGCCGGGUUGACAAUAUGUCAGAUGUUUUUCACAGAGCUAUGGAUUCGUCUGAUCCCCUAUUAUCUAGUUUUUGCUCAACAAAAACCAACCGGAUGCCUCUGCCAGCAGAGGUUGUAGAUCUUUUGGAUUCGCCAAUAAUAUCCCCAGGCACAGAAGACAGAUGAAGAAAAUUGUAACGAUGAUGUAAGUGACACUUUUGAAAUAGAAUUAGAGGAAGAGGUACCAGACGAUAUUGAAAACUAAAAAACAAGGAAAAAAUAAAAAGAUGUUCUUCAAAUGUAACAAUGGAUCCCAAAUAUGUUACCGGUUUUUUUCUAUAAUGUAACACC